AGAACCUUAGUGAUGAAAUGUUGUCUUAGCCUUUGUAUUUUGAUUGAUGUUUCAGACCCUGAAGUUUUUGAAGAAAUCUGGUCCUUUAAUAAGUGAAGCCAUUCAUGACAGCUACACUCGGUGUCUUGUAGCUGGCUUGCUGUCUCCAAGACUGGUUGAUGUCCAGCCAUCCAGUCUGAGUCAGGAGGAGCAGUUAGAAGCAGUGUUGUCAGCUGCUGUGCAAACAGGUUCUUUAGAGCUUCUGACGGGAUGCAUUAAACACUGGACUUCAGAAGAGCAGCCAAGUUCUGCUGGAAAUUUACGGUUUGUUCUUGAGUGGACGUGGAACAAAGUGACCUGUACAAAAGAUGAACUGGACCAAAUAUGGCUGUUUAAAUGUCCUUUGGAAGUCUGCAGUUGCCGUGCUGACUGAUGAUUGAAUAUUGCUCCUUGACAAGGUGUUCCGCUGUUUGAUGGCUCCUGCAACUUCAUUGACCCGCAGACAUUACAGUCCCUUCAGCACUGCCAGCUGCUUCUGAGCAACCUCAGCACAGUCCUGAACUGUUUUCUAACAGAAGCCCGAGAGCUUACUGAGAAAGGUUGGUGAAAGCACUGCUAGGUCUUUGGCGUGACUGCUAAGAUUUGGAAGGAUGCUUGGGUUAUAACUGAGGAGACACGAGC